CUUGGCCACGUCGCUGGAACAAAACCCUAAACAUUUACAAAGUUCUUCUUUGAAAGAAUUUCCUCUAAAGGAAUUUUAGAUUAUUUUUUUAAAAGAGAUCUCCAUGUUUUGAAGGAUUCUUCAGAAUUUAUUCAUCCCUGAAUAAAUUAUUUGAGUGCAGGAUCGUCGAUCGGGAUUAUCAGGUUUUGUUUACUGACCAAGAUCAGCUGGGCUGAGGAUGGCAUCGUCUUAUGGAGUAGUUGCAGUAUUAGUACUAAUAGCUGCCCUCUUUGCAGGCUAUUAUUACAGGAAGAUUUCCCACGAGAAGCAUCUAAGAUCUAUUAUGGACGGCAUGCUGGCGUUAGAGCGAAAUCACUCUGUCACGCACUCGCCUGUAGCAGUCCUGGCCUUUGAGUCAACAAUGGAUGUCUUUGCAGACUCCUUUGAGCUGUUGAAGGCACUAGGGAUCGAGCCUCCUCAAAAAGCCUUCCCUCACGAAGUCAUCGACAGCGAAACAGCCCUUGCAGAGACUUUUGCUUACUUUUUUGAACACAGUGUAGCGUCUUCAAAGUACGUGGCUAACAAAGAGCUCUUUCGAAAGAUGGCUGAAAAAGCCAACAAUUUGCAAAGCACCAAGUUUAUUAUUGGAGGGACUGCUAUUGCAUUUGCUAAACGUCUGACUGUAGAGAGAUGGAGGACCCAUCUUGCUGUUUUAAUGACUGAAUCCACCAAGAAACAUUUACCAGAUGAUAUCACAGUAGCUGGUUCAGUACCAGAAGAUGAUGACAUUCAUUUAAUUCUUGAAUUCCCAGGCUUUGAAAAUUGGGGAGACAAGUUUGUCUCUCAGCGGUCCAAUAGGAUGGUCCUUCACAGUGACAUCAAUAACCCUUAUCUAAAGUCAUUAGAGGAUUUAAAAGCUGUGACUAAGCGAGAGGAACCCAACAUUGUCAUAAUUGGAGGGCUACAUAUGUUAGAUAAUUUUCCAUUCAAGGAUGGCGAGAGAGGUGAACGACUUGGAGAACUAGCCAAGUACCUUAGUGCUCUAUCCCCCCAGGUAUUGGUUCACUUUGAGAUGGGGGUAUUCCAUGAGCAUGCAUUAUUUGUGGAUUUGCUUGAGUAUGUGUUCCCAUACUCAGAUUCCCUUGGAAUGAACGAGCAAGAUCUUCCUAAUUUGCUGACAAUGUUGAAGGACAAUAAGAUUACAAAAACAGCCACUCAGAAACCAAGGGUUGCAGCAAUACUUGAUCAGAUGCGUCAAGUGUACAAGCUUCUACGAGCCAAGCCAUUGGGUAAUGGAAAGAGGAAAGUAACAAGGCUCCAUUUACAUACCCUUGCGUUCCAGGUCAUGAUGACGACAAAGGAUUCUUCAUGGAAAAACACACAAGCAGCUACUGCCAAAGCGUCGCUUACGGCUACACGAUACAUUUGUGGUUCAAACUUCAUACAUACGAAUAAAACUAGGUUAAUCAUGGAUGAAUCAUUCUCUUUGAGUACCUACCCUGGGAGUGAUCGCAUGCCACUCAAUGCAGAUAAUCCUGUCCCAUGUUGGGAUGAAGAGGAUUACGAGUUCUGCGUAACCCCUGUUUUAGUGUGUACUGACAUUGUUCAUACUGCUGGUGGCGGUGAUAAUGUAUCUGGAGCUGGUUUGACUUUGCAAGUUUGAUAUGACAUUUAAUUCCUUUAAAUGACAGAUAAUUUAAGGGUUACUCAGUCUGUUAUCCUUUUCUGCAUAUCUAAAAAGCACUUGUAGAUUUGAAUGCCAGUAAGUGCCGGAGGUUACUGUAGCAUAUAAAAGUUUACAAGCAUAAUGGGGUUUAUACAAGUGCAUGCAUGGUAUCCUUCAAAAUUUGUAAAGGUGUUUAACGUCGUGCCAGAGACUGUUCCCAAGUGUUUUGAGGAAUGGAUGAUAUGACGCACACUAUUUAAUAGCAUUUUUCAUGUCUCUAGUUGUAACAAUUUGAUUAGUAAAGCUGUUAUCCACAUUCGACUUAACAUUUGAAAAUACAAAUUAAAACAAAAAUCCAAAUGAGGGGUAUUUAAAAUUAGAAAACCAUCAUUGAAUGCUAGAAAAAAAUUAUAAUGCAGGGCUUAAAAUAACAACCAGUUAAGCUAUACUAGUCAUCUGUUUCUAGCUCAACCUAAAUGUUACUUUUCGAAAUGAUUAGCAAGGCAAAGAUUUGACCAGACAAUAAUAAUUAUUGUAAUUAUUUAUAAUUAUUAUUAUCAAUUAUUUUGGACCAACAUUUUCUGAAGACCAGCCAUUCUUUUAAGCCCUCACAAUGUUUUGUUUAUGGUUUGAUAUGCUAAGUUCACUUUUUCAAAAUGGUGGUUUCAAUGCAUGGGUGAUGAAAAAUUAAUUCAAAAAUUAGAAAUGAAAAUGGACACUUUAUUUGAGUCAUCUAAUGAGCUUCUGGUUAAAUUAAAAUACUUUACAUUUUUUUCAUAACAGUUUUGUGGAAAGAAUUUAAUAUCCGUUGGUAUCUGCAAGGUCUGUUUGUGGCUGGACACAGACUACCUAAAAGCAGAACUUUGUCGGAUCCUAAGCAGGGUUGUAGCGAGACCAAAUUGUUUACCAAGACAAACAAGUGGCAAAGGCAGGAGCAACAAGGAGGUUUUGGGGCAAGCAUUCCUUGAAAAUUUUGAAAUUAAGACUCUGGGAAAUGCAAUUUGCAGAGUUUUGAAGGCCUUUUUUUGUGUGUGACAUUUUACAGAUGCGACUGCCUUGCUUGCCUCAUACAGUAGUGGCUACGGCCCUGCUUAGUCUUACUGUAGUUGUUUUAGGGACUAGACAUUAAAUUUUUUCCUUGCACUACUAGGAUUGGCAUUGUAACUACUAGCUUUGAUACACAACUUUACCACUUUUUAUAACAUAAGUAAUAAGUUCAUUAUGGCCAGCGAGCUGGUAGAUAAGAUGCUCCCACCUUUGAAAAGAAAAGAAAGAGAAAGGAAAAUGAGAAAAUGGGUAAAUAGGGUUUUGAAAAUAAUUAUAGAUUAAUUCUAUUACUCAUAUGAAAAGUGUACCCAUGGUAAGACUAGUCUAGCUAGACUGGCUAGUCUAUUAUUGUGUUAACACUGUUAGACAACCUGUCAAUGUCCAUUGGACAUAAGAUUGAUCAUUUUAUUUUGUAUUGUGGUUUAAAUGGGAUCUUCCAAGAAUUAAAAAAAAAUUUUUUUUAA